AUGACGUUCCCAAGCAGCUCCAAAAACGUGUCCUCUCAUAUCCCGCCGUCACUGGCCAUGGUCCCGAACGACCUCCCCGACUUUGCGUCCAGGUUUCCGUGCGCAGACUACAAAUCACACCCCAGAAACCUCCAACACAAAAAUUGUUCAGGUAGACUUGACUCUUGGGACGUCUUAACGGAUAUGCCCUCUCCCAGCCAGAACAAACGGAAGAGCACCGCGAGCCCGCGGGAGUGCGCAACAUUUCCCUCUCUCACAUCCCCAAGAGCGAGAGCACCUACACCAGAACCCACCAAACGCCUCCGGUCUCCAAGCUACGAGUCAUCUAACUCGCUGGAGGACGCACCAAUUCCUUCUCUUAUCCCCCGACGAGCAACACCAUCGGUACCAGAACCCACUAAGCGCUUCCGAACUCGAAGCCCAGUGCGCUACGAGGAACGGGCAUACUCGCGGGAGUACUCACCAUCCUCUCUCGCGUGUUCAUGUUUUCCCCUUACUUCUUCAAGAGUGGGAAUAGAUAUACCAGUACCGACUCAACGUUCGCGUCCAGUGCGCUACGAGGAACGACCCUCUUCGCCGGAGUACCCACCAUUUUCUCCCAUUUCUCCAAGCCCAGCACCCCACGAUGAACGAGCCUAUUCGCUGGAGUACCCACCUUUUUCUCCCAUGUCUUCCCCAAGCCCAGUACCCCGCGAAGAACUGGCCUAUCCAUGGGGCAUUCCAGAUAUUGUUCCAUCGAUAGAGACAUCGACGCUUCAUUCGCAGAACUUUGAGCCACGCGGGGCGGGAGUGAGGACGUCGCCGAUACAGGGUGGGAGUGCAUGGUCGUCAAUAGAGAUUUCGGACACGGAGAGGUCGUCGCAUACGCUUGAGGGAGACAUCGUGCCGAGUCGGGAAGAAGCCAGCUACUCACCGUUCGACACUCGGGCUCCGCACGACGGGGCAGCGCACACUUUGGCUCCACGCGUACGUACUAGCACGGCCGAGAGGGUGGGUGGGGAAGAAGUAAGGGACUCGGAGGGGCUAGCUUAUACUCCUGCAAAGCGCCAGGUGGAGGAAGAUGAUGCUGUUGAGGCCGGGGGAGUUGGCGACGCCGCGGCCUCCGAGCGCGGUGCUUUUCCCGCUUUCGUUGAUGCAACAUCGCGCGAGAAAGAGAUGAGGAAGCCGAUUGAAGAGAGCGACGGUCGGCUCGCUUUGUUACAGGCACUUAUGGAGAAUGAGAGGAAGGUUCGGGCGAAAGCGUGGGAGAUGUAUGAGGACGUGAUGGGGGAGGGAGUACGUUAG